CCAACUACUACAACUACACCAACUACUACAACUACUACUACUCCUACAACUACUACAACUACCCCAACUACUACAACUACUAUAACUACUACAACUAGUUCUUCAAACGAUAUUAUAUUUGUUAAUUCAAAUGGAGGUGUUGUAGAGUUGCCCUUCUUCGUCAAGUUUACUGACAACUUUAGUGAAGAUUUGUAUAACUCGACCUCCGAACUCUAUUUACAGACCAAUCAGAAUUACACUGAACAGCUACAAGCUAAAUUCAAAGAUUUGCAAAACUUCGAUAGAAUAGACAUCACACAAUUUUUGCCUGGAAGUAUUAUUGUAAAGUUCAACGUCAUACUCAAUCAAACAAAAAAACAAUUUGACGCUGAAAAACUCAAAAAUGAACUAAAAGAUGUCCAAAUGGCAUUAUCUAACACUCCCGGGAUAGACUCUGACUAUUUAAGCUUCACUUUUCCCGCACAGAUAAAAAGCGCGGCGGCAAUGGCCACAAAAGUAAAUAAUGACCCUUGUUCGGCUCCCAGUGCUUGUGACCUUUCGCAGUUUUGUACAUUCAACCAAGCAACAAUGAGGCUUGAAUGCCACAGCCUGUGUUCCAACUACACAUGCCCAGAGAACGCAGAGUGCUUUAUCAACACAUUCAACAAUCCACAGUGCAAGUGCAAGUCCAGUGACAAGUAUGUCUACAGUGGACAGGACUGUGCAGUGGCCGUAGAGAAACUGGCCCUUGGAGUCAAUGAGAUCAUCGCCAUUGCUGUCAGCGUUGGGCUGGCUGCCAUUAUUCUCACCAUCCUUAUCGUGCUGGCCAUUGUGUACAGGCGACGACGUCACAAAAAAUCGCCAACUUCAAGCGAUGAAAGUGACUUUGAGACCCGACAGUCACCUCUUGAUGGAGCUGCUCCUUUACAGCCGGCUCUAUAUGGGCGUUUCGAAACCCUGAGACUCCCCAGGGUGUCCAGGCAGCCAAGCCAACUCAAACGUCAAAGCAGUCUAGCUUACCAGGAGUCCAUAUACCCACCAGAUGCGCGCUUCCCUUAUUCGGGCUCCGAUAUCGCUGGAAGACAGUCGGCAGGGGAAAGCCAGGGCCGUUUUAGGGACAUUCGAGCCAGCCAGUUCGGCCGCGGUCUUCCACUUGCUCACAAUCCCAGGGCCAAUUGGAAUGCAAGAUGGUCUUCUUGGAGUGAUGGGGGUGAAUCAGCUUAAACACGUGUGUACUUGAACCCCCAAAGACAAAUGUGUAUUCUAUUUACUUGGUCAUGACAGUUCAAUGUGCACCUGACAAUGGAUGCAAUAACAUAACAAAAAACUGCACAGGUUGAAGGUAAUAUCAAGAAAAACAAUGUCUCAGUUUUAUCAAUCUUUUUAAAUCAUUGUAAUACAAUAUGAGAAAGUUUUUAAAAUACGAAUUCCUCCCUUUUUCUACUCAAUUUCAUUUUCUUUUCUUCUUUUGGUUUUGGUAGUGCUGCUAUUAGGCAAAAGUUUUUCAAGAAAAUACACGUUCUUGCAUAAUGACUUUUUGUUCAUCCUUGAUAAACAAGAAGUCGACUCUCUAUCACUGAAACACUGCAACAUAGUUCUUUUUCGAAACUCUGAAAAUAACAAAACAUUGUUACUUUUUUUUCGUUUCGUCAUUAGAUUCAGGGUUUUCAACAAGGGCUUGGAAAUCAUUGAAGCCUAGUUUUGAGAAAAGAUUUCUGAAUUAUUUUCCAAAUAUAAGCCUGUGAUUUUUGUGGCUAGAUCCACACUUAUCUUUCACCCUACUCUCCACAGCUCGAAACAAAAAUGUUUACUUGACAUUCUUUCAAAUUAUUGUGAUAAGAAAUAAACAAGAAAACCAGACAGCCACUGGGUUCCCGAACUAUGAACAAAACUGAACAAUUUAUUACCCUAUAAUAAGUAAAAAGGGUUAUCCCAUGAUCUUUGUAGUGAUUUGCGCCAUGCAUAAAUUAACCGGACAGCAUACCCUAAUCUUUUUCGUGUAAGAUUUCCACUAAAAUCUAGUCUUAAUAAUUAGAUUUGAUCUUGAGAUCUUGGCCAUAUCUUGUCAAGAGUUUGUUGGAAAUGGUAAUUAGAAAAAGUUAGUUAGAAAAAUGUAUAUGUUUCUUUGUUUUAUAUAAGGAGGCAGAAAGAUAAAAUUGGGGAGUAAAAGAAAAGUGUUGUAAUUAAAUUCUUAAAACUGACAAAUUAAACAACCACUCAGUUUUUCACUUUCAGCAUAGACUGCAUAAUACCAUGAACUUAAAACAUUCGUAUGUUUCUAUGCAUGAAAUAAUAAAAAUAGUUAAUGGGAAUCUCUGCAGACAUAGGUAAAUGUAUUUCUUUGCCUAUUGUUGAGUAUUUUUUUUAUUUCAAUCUCACUUCUGACACCAUGUAAAAUAAUUGUGUUAAACAAUUAACAAAGAAAUUUUGAUGAGGGAAGACAUAUUAGGAACUUUUUAAAUUGCGUAAGCACAAGUGGUGUUGCAUAGACGAGCUAGUGUGCAAAUGUACAUACCAGUAUGUUACAAAUAAUGGUAAACAAAAACGUUAUGUGUGAAGUUCCGAGCAGGUCAUCGGACAUGUCGUUUGUACAUCAUCAUUGAGUCCCUGACGUUUUCUUUCAACAAAUGUUGCAUGGGUCACCUCACUCUUUUAAAUCCAUUUAUUUAACCUUUUUUAUAUACAUUUAAAUGCCUUCUUGUAUUUAUCUAUCUAUAUACGAUAUGUUUAUAUAAUUGUAGCCUUAAAUAAAUCCUUGCCUUACAAACAUAGGCAGUGUAUAUUUAGAUUAAAUUCUGCGUUAUAUGCUGAUGUAAUUAUGUGUUGUUUUUUUUUGUUGUACAAUUCUCUGCUGAAAGUAAAACAUGUUAUCUUGAGUAUCAUUUUAAAAACUUAUUGAACGAAUUCGUCUUUCUUUUAAAACUGGUUAUGUAGUUUGAUUUUUGUUCAAUGGAUCAGUAAUUGUGUAGAUUAAAACUGAUUCUAUUUAUGAAAAAAAAUAUUUUUUUUUUGAUAAACAGCAAUAGUGAGAAUAUAUAUCUCUUUUGUUUUUUUCUUUAUGUUUAUUCCACACCAUGACAUCUCGCGUUUGUUUGUUGUUAUGAUUAAUAUUUAUAAUGACUUCUCGUCUCUGCGUUGUUACCUUUGUUACAAGGACAUCGCGUCUCUUUGUUAUGUUAGUUAUACAUAAUAAAUAACAUCUCUUGUGAUUUUAUGGUUGUUAAACACUCUUUUCUGACCUACUUUGGGGGUACUAAUUAUAACUCUGUGUUAUUUCUUUUUUUUUAAAUAUGAUUUCUUUGUUUGUUGUUGAUUUUAUAUUAGAGCUGAAAAGAAGGAAACAGUAUUUUGCAUUGUUUCUUGUGAUUCCCAAGAGUGUCAAACCUCAUUUAAAAUAUUUGUUUUUACAAUCAAAUUCAAAGUUGUGUUCACACGUCGCAAUUCUAUAUUAUUGGGUGUGUAAUGUCCCUGGCAUUGCGUGAGAAGAUGAUAGUCAUCAAAUGAAGUGGGUUAGAAGUCAUCUUAAAACACUGCUACUGAUUACACUUGUAGUUUCAUCCCUAACAGUCUCUUUUCUUACCUUUACAGUCUCUGACAAUCUCUUAUAAUCUCUGACUUACCCUUGCAAUCUCUGAAUAUCAUUCACAGUCUCAAAACUUCCUUUCAGUCUCUGACAAUCUCUUGCAGUCUCUUUCACUUACAGUCUCUGAUUUUCUUUACAGUCUCUGACAAUCUCUUGCAGUCUCUUUCUCUUUUCCUAGUACAGACCCACAAUCUAGUGUGGUAGUUGACUGCAUUGCUAAGUAGUUUGAGUUAUUUCUUUAUGUCAAAUUGUUACAAUCAAUUUGUGAAAAAGAAAGUCACUUUUUUUUGUGCAUUCAAUAAUUGUACUUCUCUUUUCUUUUCUUGCUAUAUUUUUGUUAUAAAUGACAAUCAACUUUUUUACUACGAUCAAGUCAUACAGAAAUCGAGUUAUCUGUAUCCAAGUGCAAUCUAAAGAAAUAACUCUUUUUUUUUUGUUAUCCUAUCCAUCCAUCGCCCACAUAAUAUCAAAGAAUAAACAACAAAUGUGCCUGAAUGUCACCUAUUCACCACCCACCACCUCUAUUCACGACUUGCGAUUCACCCUAAAACAUGUUUCUUAGCUUUUACAUUAGUUAUCUUCUUUUGUAAACUUUAUUUAUAUAAACCCCAUGUUGUAUUUGUUGUUUUGUUUUGGCCUUAUCAUGAAGGGUCGUAUAAAUAUGAUGUUAUAAACUUUUACACAAGCGAAUCAAAGACGUAUUUAUUUAUAAAUAUAUAUUGGUAUGAACUCUAUACACUGGUAUAAUAAAUUGUUGUAAUAUUUUAA